AGCAGAGCACACCAUUAGAAAGAUAUCAUGGAUCUAUCAGAUGCUCUUGAUGAUGCUGCACAACCCAAUCCAAGUAAUCUCCAGCAGGCUGGAGGGCCAACAUGGCCUGGCCAACCCACUAACCCCUCCUGGCCUGGACAGCCUCAAAAUCCUGCUUGGCCUGGGCAACCAUACCAACCCUGGCCCGGGCAACAGCCAAGCAUGCCAUCCUGGCCUAAUCAGCCAAACCAGCCAACAUGGCCUGGACAACCCAGCCAACCUAAUGCACCAGGUUGGCCAGGACAAGUUCCACCAACUGCCCCGCAAAAUGUGACAUUGACUGUCCCAUUAGACAUGCCUCUGCCUCGUGGAGUACAUGACAAGCUGCUCAUUACCAUCAAGGGGGAGCCUAAACCAGAUGCCAAAAAGUUUUCAAUCAAUCUGGCCAAAAACGGAGACAUUGCCUUUCACUUUAACCCCCGCUUUGAUGAAUAUGGGAUUAAUGUGGUAGUUAGAAACAGCUUAAUAAAUAAUAUGUGGGGCACCGAAGAAAGAACAGCUCCCUCAUUCCCUUUCAUUCCAGGAAAGCCUUUUGAGGUGAAGAUCUUGUGUACUCCGACUGUAUAUAAAGUGGCUGUGAACCAUUCACACCUGCUUGAGUACCAACAUCGAAUUCAUGAGCUCAACCAGAUUAACCAUCUCACUGUCUUCGAUGAUGUCAAACUUGCAUCUAUAAAUAUGGAGACCCUCCCCUGAGGGGGAAUCUUGAAUAUUAUGAUGGCCAUGUAGGAAUUAUUGGGUUCGGUUCUUUUUUUUUUUUUUUUUUUUUUUCUUCUUUUUUUCAUGCCUGUAAACCCGAAGUGUCUUUGGUCAUGUUUCCCAUGCCUGCCUGUUUUGUAUUAGAUAAAAAAUAAUUCUUUCAUGACUGCUAUUGUGAUUUCUGAAUUGACAAUAGAAGUAAUAGAAUAAAAGAAUUGUAAAAUGACUAUACUAGAACUGUGCUGUAAUAGAACUAUAGUAGAACUGUGCUGAUUGAAUUCAGAAGACCAACCACAAGCCACAGGCAAGUGGCCAAGAUUUGAAUUUAAGGCUCUUCACUGAAUGAUUUAUUAGCCAGUAAACUCUAUUGUUGCUGUGUACCAGUAGCAGGUGCCAUGUUGUAGUCAUGGGAAUUUGUAGAUGUAUAGGUUUAAUAAUAACCUAUCAUAAACUGCAGUUGUCAUUCUUCUAACCCACACCACUAUAUUAAGGUGUGGCAAAUUUAGAUGCCAGUAAUGAGCAAUGACCUUGGCAAGUCAAAGAAUCUUAGCUGUGUGAUGAAAAUUGUACAUGCACAAACAUUAAAGACAAUCCAAAUGCAAA